AUGGAGAUCGCUUCCAACGGCAACAUUUUGGAUGGCGGUCUGCAGCGCGGUCUCAAGAACCGUCACUUGCAAAUGAUAUCGCUCGGCGGCGUCGUCGGCGCAUCCAUCUGGUUCGGCACAGGCACCGCCAUCGCCUACUCAGGUCCGGUCGGUGCCCUCAUCUGCUUCCUGAUCAUCGGCAUCGACGUCUUCUUCGUGAUGCAGUCCCUCGGCGAGAUGUCAACCCUUUUCCCGAUCCAGGGCGCCUUUGUCGAGCUGGCCGGCCGCUUCGUCGACCCGGCCCUCGCCUUCAGCCUGGGCUGGAACUACUGGUAUCUCUGGGUGACGAACAUUGCCAACGACUACAACAACAUCUCGCUCGUGUUUCAGAGCUGGACGGACCGGGUCCCGAGCUACGGCUGGAUCCUGAUCUUCUGGGCCAUCUUCCAGGGCACGAGCCUGCUGGGCGUCGUGGUCUGGGGCGAGAUGGAGUUUUACCUGGCGUGCUGGAAGCUGACGUGCGUGCUCGUCGUGGGGUUCCUCGUCUCGAUCCUGAUCAACACCGGCGCCAUAGGCGGCGGGUACAUCGGCUUCCGGUACUGGGUGGACCCGGGGCCCAUCGCCAACGGGAUCAACGGCUUCGGCCAGACUUUCGUGCUGGCCGCCGUGUAUUACUGCGGGACGGAGAUGCUGGCCUUCACGGCGGCCGAGAGCAGGAACCCGGCCCGCGACCUGCCGCGGGCGAUCCGCCAGACGUUCCUGCGGAUCCUGAUCGUGUUCAUCGGGCUCGUGUUCUUCGCGGGCCUCAUCGUGCCCUACACGAGCCCCGAGCUGCUGAACGCCAAGAGCAAGUCUGCCAAGAGCCCCUGGACCAUCGCCCUGGUGAGCGCGGGCUGGAGCGGCGCGAGCAACCUGCUGAACGUCAUCAUGAUCACGGCGCAGUUCUCGAGCGUCAACAGUGGGAUCUACAUCGCCUCGCGCACCCUUGUGGCCUUGGCACGGACCGGACGGGCCCCCAGGUUCUUUGCCAAGACGACAGACGACGGCACGCCGAUCAGGGCCAUCGUGUUCUCCAACACGUUGGGCUUGAUCAGCAUCCUGAACGUGGCUUCCGGGCCGGGCAAAGUGUUCACCUACCUGAUCGACAUCUCCGGGGCCGCGACGUUCAUCGCGUGGGCCUUCGUGGGCAUCACGCACCUGCGGCUUCGAGCUGGCUGGGUCAGGCAGGGCCACAGCUUGGACGAGCUGCCGUUCAGGGCAUGGCUACAUCCAUGGGGAACGUGGUUCGUGGUGGUCAUCAACAUAUUCUUGGUCUUCAUCUCGGGAUAUUCGGUAUUCGUGGGCGGAUUUGCCGCUGUGGACUUUGUGUUUUCUUAUCUCGUCCUCGCCAUCUUCACCAUCUUGUAUGUGUUCUGGAAGGUUUUAAAGAGGACCAAGUUUGUCGGGGUGAUGGAAAUGGACUUGGUCACUGGCCGGAGAGAAGCUCUUGGUGCUCCUGGUGGCUUUGGAGAAAACGGAGCUGAGGAGGCUGCGGUGCAAAAGACCAAGAGUCGACCGUGGUAUGUCAAGGUGAAACGAUUCAUUUUCAGCUAG